GUUUAAAUGUACCAGCUGUGACCCUGAAAUUCCUGGUAACUGUCUUGGUGAUUUCCAUGAGGAUUUUCGAAGGCAAUAUAAUCAGGAAAUUCUGUUUUCUUUCUUUAAACACAGGCACCCUUGGUUACAGACCUCAGUAAAAUGGCACCAAACACCACCCUCUUCAAAGGGCUGACGGCCCCCAGGGAGCGAGGGCUCCAUCUGGUCUUCGCCGGGCUCUGUGGCUUCAUCCUGCUUGUGGGGCUCCUGGCUAAUGGACUCCUGCUGAUGAUGGUGACCCGUGGACCUCGCAAGCCACACCCACAUUUGGCACUAACUGCCAGCCUCAUGGUGAACGUGAUGCUGUCCGACUUGUUUUUCCUGAUCUUCGUGGUGUCCACCCUGCUACUGAGCUUCCUGAGCUGGGACUGGUGGCUGGGCCCUGCCAUCUGCACCGCCAGCCAGGCUGCCAACACGGCCACCAUGUUCUGUACUUUCUACAGCAUGGUAGCCACUGCCCUUGUGCGCCACGUGGCCGUGGUCUGGCCCAACGUGGCCCUCCCAGCUGGCCGAGGCACCUGCCUGCUGCUCUGCGGAGCCAUGUGGGCACUGGGCCUGGCUGCCUCGCUGCCCAACUGGCUGUUCCAGCGGGUGGCAGUAAGAGAGGAGGCAGUGGGCAUCCCUGAGGGCCUGGCCUGCCUCCUGCUGCUCAACCCGGCUCAAGCUACCUGUUACUUCACGCUCCUGGGAGCCCUCGCCUUCCUGCCCUGCCUGGUGGGCCUGGGCUGCUCUUUUGGCCAUGUGGGCUGGCUCUUGUGGACGCGGCCCUUAGGUCCCAAGGGGGAGAGUGUACGUGAGCACCAGGAGAACACCAGGCUCAUCCUUGUGGUGCUGGGGGUCUUUGUGCUGAUGUGGGGACCCUGCUGCGCACUGGGCUAUGUGGCCGCUGUGGGCCGCCUGCCUGCCACACCACUGACUUUCGUGGCCUCCAGCCUGUGCACCCUGCUAGCCUACUCCAACUGUGCUGUCAGCCCCAUCCUCUGUUUUUGCCUCUGUCGCCCUUUCUGGGUGAGACUCAGGGCCCUUUUCCGCAGGCCUAGGAUAGCCACGCUUCCCAGGGUGGUGGGAGGGGUCUGGCCGUGAUGGGGGCCCUGAAGCCUGAAGAGGGGGUGGCCCAAAUCCAAGAAGCUGGACCUCACGAUCCAGAGAGGGAAGUGGGACGCUCAGACACCUGUGGGGGUCCCAAUCAUCUUAUUUUGUCAUCUUGGCUCCCUGAACCCCCUGAGCCUCGGUGUUCUCUUCUGAACAGUGGGACCAGAGUACCUUCAUUUCUUCAUGGGGUGGCUCUGAAGAGGAACUUAGUAAUCACGUGUAAAGAGGGGUGGUGGGGAGAAGGGGGUUUGGCAAGCACAAGGAAGUGGGCGGUACCACAAAAAUGUCACUUUUUUUUUUCUUUUUUUUUGAGACAGGGUCUCCCUGUAGCCCUAA